AUGAUCCGGCUGACAGUCCCAGCGGGAAAGGCAACUCCUUCUCCUCCCAUCGGUCCAGCUCUAGGUCAGAAGGGUCUCAACCUGAUGGAGUUCUGCAAGUCUUUCAACGAGAAGACCAAAGGCAUCAUCGACAAUACUCCCGUCCCCGUUGAGAUCACUGCCUACAGCGACCGCACCUUCGAAUACUUCAUCAAGACCCCGCAAACUAGCUACUUCCUCAAGAAGGCUGCUGGUAUAGCCAAGGGCGCCGACCAGGCCGGCCGCUCCUUCGUGGGCGAGAUCUCGGUCAAGAAGAUCUAUGAGAUUGCCAAGAUCAAGCAGCAAGACAAGCAGUUCAUCUCCCUCGAGCACUGGUGCUCGCAGAUCAUGGCGAGUGCCAAGAGCAUGGGUUUGAAGGUCGUGAGGUAA